UAAAAUGUUAACUACAUCACCUCAUAUCAAAUCUGAUAAACCAUAUCAACAAAGUCCUUAAUAUAAGAAACCCCAUCCUUAUAAUCCCGAGGCGAGCAUAUCUCUUAAAAACUCAAUCAACUUGAAAGGUAUCUGGUAUCAGCUAUCAUCAAGAUUUCUAAUUCAACGAAGAAUUGGAGUACUACAAGAACAGAUCAACCGACCUUGAAUAAUAUGCAAGACAACUGAAAAAUGAAUUGGACACUACCAUAAUUCGAAUGAGUAAGUAGGGAGCUUUGGAUGAGAAGGCAGAGUUAAUGAUACAUUAGAAUUAGAUGCUAAGUUAAGACAUAGACAAGUUAUAAAAGAAUUUUGCCUAAAAGAAGACUGAGUGUGAAUUAUGGAAAUCCAAAUACGAAUAACAACUCAAUAGUGCUGUUCAACGUAUUAUAUAGAUUAUCUACCUUAAUAGUAAAGGCUUAGUAUGAAUUGGAUUUACGAAAGCUAAGUAAUGAAUUAAAGUUGCUAGAGGAAAGGAAUGCUAUCCUCGAGAAGGAAAGAUCACACGAAGUUGAGGCUACAAAAACCAACUUCUCAAGUAAAUUAUUUAUUAAUUUUUCAGUUUAAAAUGAAUAAUAAAGACAUAGUUAUCUCACUUAGAUCGAUUUACUUGAGAAUCAAUUAAGAAAAGUGAGAGAGUAUGCCGAUAUCAGGGAUAAGGAGAUCUAUGAACUAGAAACUAAAUUAACCAAAGUUUUGUAAGAUAGAGAAUAUGUGGAGACUAAAUUGCUUAAGGAUAAUGACUUAUAUAGAACCAAAUUAUAAGAAUAGGAGAGGGACAAUCAAAUUGAAAUGAAUAAUCUUAGAUAAAAAUUGGAUAUUCUAAAUUAAGGUUAAUUGGACAAUAUAAAAAACCAAUAUAUGGCAUAGGCUGAAAUUUUGGAUGAUGAAAUUGAAAAAUUGAAAGGUCUCUUAGGAAUUAAGAAUGAAGAAAUUAAGACACUCAUAGAUUAAAACGAAAGAUUGAGAGCUAAUUAUGAAAAAGAAAUAGAAACUAUAACUCUACAAUUCCAUGUUCUAAAAGAAAAAAUGUUUGAAAACGAGUAAAGAUUUUAAGAGGAAUCUCAACAGAUGGAGAAUAACUUAAGAAGCUAACAUGAGAUUGGUGUAGACACCUUAAAAUCUCAUCAUUAAAAUUCUAAUCAAAUUCUUGAGAAUCAAAUUGCUCAUUUAAAAGGCCAAGUCUUAGAAUAAACCAAAUAAUUAGAGGAAUUGCAGAAAAUAAGAUAAUAACUACUCUAAGCCAAUAUAUAGGAUCAAGAAAAUGCAUAAAAUAUUAUCAACAAUUUAAAGAAAGAAGUAAAUAUUAUUAUAAUUCCUUAGAUUUUAGAGUAAUAAACUCGAUAUCAAGAUUAAAUUUUAUAAAACUAUUAGGAUUAUGAUUUAUAAAAGAAAGAAUUAUUGAACUUUAAUCAAUAACAAUAGGAAUUUAAUUAAUAGUUAUAACAAUAGAUCUAAAAUCUUAACUAGAUUAUUGAACUAAAAGAAUAGCAAUAUGAAACAACCCUUGUGUAAUUCAAGAAUAUGAAUGAUCAAUUAAUUGUACUAAAUUUUAUUAAUAUACUUAGAAUAAACUCAAUGACUUAUAUAGAGACAAUGAAAAAAUCAAAGCUAAAUUCAAUGUCACUGUAUCUGAACAAGAAGACUUAUUAAAUAGAUAAUUGAAAUAAAUUAAACAACAGGAACAGAAAAUAUAAUAAUUAUCUUCUACAUCUUAAAGGGAUAAAUAAAAUGCUGAAAGAUAAAUUACUAAUCUGUAGAAUUAAAAUAGAUAAAAAGAGUAACAGAUAGCUGAAUUAAAAGCCUAACUAAAGGCAGCUGAAGAAAACUGCGAAAAAAUCGAUAAUGAAUUAUAAGAAACAAAAAAUUCACUUUAAAGUUAAUUCGAAGAACAAAAAUAUACUUUUGAAUCAGAAAUAGAGCAAAUUUAAACUUAAAAAGAUGAAGAUUUAUUGAGUACAAAGAAAAUCUUCGAAGAUAAAGAAAACUCAUUAAAUCAGGAACUUAUUAAAUUAAAGAGUAAUUUAUAAACUUAGUAAACACUCAACUAAGAAUUGAAUUAGAAGUAUUUCAAAUAAUUAAUAUUUAUAGAUUAGAUUAAUUUGGUUAAUAAAUUUAAAAUGUUGUAAACAAUUCGGAUGUUAUUAAACAAUACGAAGUUUUAUCAGAAAUCAAUCUAAUAAACAGAUUAAAAAAUUGA